AUGGUGGCUGUCAAAGGCCAAACUAAGAGGAAGAAAUCUAAAAGUCCCAAAGGCAGGACGAGUACUCCUAACUCUAGAAAGAAAAGAAAAACAAAUGUGCUUAAGUUGCUGGUGACGCCGCUUGUACGCUUCUUCACCUCGGAGCCGGAGGAAUACCGGAACUGGAAGAUGUUCCUGGGAUUUCCGGUUGGAGCACUGCUCGGAUUUGGUCUAUACAAACUCGUGAUCACGCCUAUGUCACUGGGCGAAGACAGCCGAAAACUGGCGGGCGCAAUGACGGUGUUCGCAAUGGCGUCCGGGUUCGCCCUAUCCGCUGGCUUCCGGUGCAUGUGCUGUCUACUCGUGCCAACAUUUAUGGGGAAGGCCGGCCGCUCCUACAUAGGAACAUUUGCCAUUGUCUACCUGAUUUCGGGUCCGAUCGAGAACAUGGUAGAUAACGCGCAGGACAUAACGCGUUCUCUUACAUGCGCCGCCGAGCUGUCCGCCAACCAGACAGCCGCCAAAUGGAAGUUCCGCCUCAAACCCGUCGGCAACGUUCUAAAGGACAUGCAGACAGAGGGCUUCAUGUUGAAGAAGAUGGGCAAGAGAGUCAACAGGGCUUUCAAGCCCAUUCGAUCAGAGAUCCAGGGGGAAGCGGGUGUGGCUGAGAAUGAGGAGCGAACGGUGUGGGAGGACUGGAACCAAGGCAUUGACAGAGGCAGAGCCGCCCGCGUGGAGGAACAAACGGCCGCUGAUCCCAACGACGAUGAAGGCAGACGGAUUGAGAAAAAAUACAAGAAGAAAAUCAAUUUCCAGUGUGAAGACGUGUACAAUCUAGCGAAAAAGAAGUGCAAGAAUACGAUGAAAAACUUCAAAAAUCGGUGCAAGAGCGCGCUUUCAGUUCUCUUGGGCUGGCUAUGCGGUAUCUUCCAUCCUGGCCUGUGCAACAUCCUCGGAGUUAUCGGUAAGGCGCUGGGUGGGGAAUGUAACACAGAUGACAUCGUGAAGCCGUCGUUCGGCCGCAUGUACGCCUCGUCAGAGAAGUCUAUAGACAGCAUGGAUAAGGGCUUCGAGGUCGAAAUCAAGUACAAGAUAGUGGAGUCGAAGGAGGCGAUCGACUACAGCUCGGCUGAACACAUGCGGAGUAACGCCCUGCACGAGUUCAAGAAUGGUCGCCAGUGGCUCGAGUUCAUCUUCACGCUCAUCAAGCGGGCUUUAGCCUUCACAUUCCUGCUCGUGCUUUUCAGGGCGUACAAAUAUUACCAGAAAUAUGUGACCGAUAUGAGGUUUGACAACAACUACAUCACUUCUUACUUCAAGAAGAUUGACGCUCGGAGGAAACUCAAGGGCAAGAGAGUGUUGCUGCCUUUAAAGAAAUUGGAAGCCGGCAGCUGUAUCAACACCAUCAGUCUGAAACUGAUGGCGUCAGAAAAGGGAAAACUGGUUAAAGGUAGCGUGCUGAUUUUGGUACGGGCGGCGCUUGCCGGAAUGAUUUUCUUCGUGGCGCACAUCCUCUUCACCGCCAUGGACAUCAUCCGAAGGCACAGCAGGGUCGACUUCCGGCAAUCAGGUAUCAACCAUGUAGAAGUGAAGGUCGGCGGUACGGGGUUCAUGAGCCAGCUCGUCCGUCUGUUCAUGAAAGGUCUCAACACCAAAGCCAGCAUGGACGAUGUCUCAUCAAACCUCUUGUGUCUGCCAAGCCCGAAGCCGGUGGAGAGGCGCUACUACGGUAUCGUGUUUGGAAUCUACGCCGCCCUCUGGCUGCUCAUUCUCUUGGACGCCUACGCCCUCCGUCUCCGCCGUCUGGUGUCAGCGUUCUUCUUCAGGAAGCGAGAAAAGCAGCGAAUUCUCUACCUGUACAACACGCUGCAGAAAAAGAGGCGGGCCUUUCUUCAUGAUAUGCGGAGAAAGAUCAAGACAAAGGCUAGGAAACUGAAACUGAAGAAACGUAGCGGUCUUCUAGAGGCGCUUUCUAAGCGGUGUCCGUGUUUAAGGAGGUGUUUUAAGAUAUGCGCGUCCAGCAAACCGGCGUGCCUGGUGUGCGGGGAGCGGCUCAAGAGGUCCGCCGUGGUCCGAUGUGGCUCGUCCGUCUGUACGUUCGAGUAUUGUAAGGAAUGUUGGCGUGAUCUCAAGAAACGCUGCUAUGCUUGUCUACCAUUGAAAGAAUUUAGCUCUACUGAUACCGGAAGUGACAUUUCAUCCGAGGACGACAUGUAGACACAUUGACAGUAGACAGUGUACACAUGCUCCGUUUUCGUUUAUUAUCCUUGUGUGUUUUCGAAGAUGAGAAAUUUGCAUUGAGGAAAAGGAAAUGUUUUUUCGACGUUGUAACUACAGUAGUGAGAGAAAUUUGAAUUCAGGAAAAGGAAAUGAAAAAAAACCCCGUACACUUAACUUUAAGAUGGUUUAAGGCAUAUUAACCCGGAAUUGAGUAAGAGCCUAGUCCAUAUGAGGAAAUAACGACUGAGAGAAGGGAGAAUGUGUUUUCACACCAGAACGCGUAGAGACACAACGUAUUCUUCAACAGGCAAUAAAUCGCUUCCAGUAUACACUAUUAUAUAUGUCUUAUAAAA